CCCGGAGCCGAGGGGCGCCGCACUGCGCAGGCGCGGCGCCGCCCUAACGGCCCGCCGAGGCCGCCAUGUGCGCCUCCCGCCUCGCCUCAGCGCCACACGAGAACCUCAGUUCAAUCCUUGAGACUGCCACUAUUGAGAAACAGAGGAAAGAACUGCAACUCUUGAUUGGGGAAUUAAAAGAUCGAGAUAAAGAGCUCAAUGGUAUGGUUGCAGAGCAUCAAAGACAGCAACUAUCUUGGGAGGGUGAUCGACAGAAAGUGUUGACUUUGGAAGAACGAUGCAGCAAAUUAGAAAAUGAGCUACACAAGAGAAGUGAAAUUAUUAGGACACUUACAAAAAGGAUAAAAAUCCUUGAAUGCCAGCAGAAUGAUCGCCAGGUGGUUCUUGAAACGACUCAAAUGCAACUACAAGAACUGGCUGAGAAAGCAGCAGGUGCUUCUCUUCGCUGUGAGGAACUUGAGGGGAAAAAUCAUAAUCUCAACAGUUCAGUUAUGGACCUUUCAGCCCAAGUAGGACAGUUACAAGCUCGAGAACAGGCACUCACUACUAUGAUAUCACUAAAGGACAAAGAUAUAAUUGAAGCCGUCAAUCACAUUGUAGACUGUUCAAGUAAAUUUAAAUUGCUAGAACAUGCUUUGUGUGAUGCCAAGGUGGUAGAAUCCUGUAUUAUCAAGGAAAAGCAAGAUUAUAAGCAGAAAUUGAAGGCACUAAAGUUUGAAAUGAAUAAACUGAGAGAUGACCUGAGUGAAAAGAUAGCAGAAAAUAAUGAGCAGAGAGAAGAGAUCAUUCGCCUCAAACAAGAGAAAAGUAGCUUGCAUGAUGAGUUGAUCUUUACAGGGGAGAGAGAAAAAAGGAAAGAACAACUGCUUGAAAUAGCAAAGUCAAAGCAAGAAAGGACAGACACCCAACUGCAUAAUUUGCGACAGAUCUAUGUAAAACAGCAAAGUGAUCUGCAGUUUCUCCAUUUCAACAUGGAGAAUUCUCAGGAAUUAAUGCAGACAUGUGACUCAAACGAGCAUGAUUCAAAAGUUCAUGAAACAAGUAAAGAGAUGGUCUUAUCAGACCUUGAAAAUAGCAACCAAAAAGUCACCUUUAAGAGAGAGAGAAAUCAAAAAGUAUCUUUAAAGGAUCUAGAAUUCGACACCACACAAGUUCAACCAUGUAGGGCACACGAGAACAGUUGUGAUGUGUACAAAGGGGAGAAGGAGGAGCAAGUGAAUGCUUCAGAUGAGAAAAGUAACACCAUCACGUCAUAUCCACUCAGAGGUUCAGUACAAGAACUAAAGACUCUGCUUAAGAAAGAUGCAAUGGAAGAUAAUUCAUCAAAUGUUUUGGAAUCAGGGAGGAAAGCAUUAGUGGACAUAAACAGUCCAAAGUCAGCAAGAAAUUGUGAAAUCUCUCCAAAUGAAAUUCAGAACAGAGAGAAGUACCUCAAUGGAGCAUCUGACCAUAAGCACUGGCAUGAUCUCAGUGUUUACAUGGGCCUACCUAACUGUUCUAGAUCAAAGGAACAUGAAAAACUGCAUGUUGAAUGUCAAGAUCAGAUGUCUGAGGCUGCCGAAAUCUCGUUCCUCCACAUGAACGAAACCAACAGACAGAAUGAGAGUAAUAUCUGUGAAUCUGCAUGCUGCCAUCCAAGCAACUUCAUAGUUGAAGCUCCAUGCCAUGCCUCAGUCUCCGAUUUGGAAUGGAUGAAGAUUUUCAAACCUACGAAAGUAGAGAGAACCGUCCGGCACAGGACCGUUUGCUUAUGUUCGGGGACUGUCUGUGGAGUAAAAGGUCCCACUUUGAAAAGCCAGCGAAUAGUCAGCUUGCAUUCCCGUUGCUUGGGCUCUCCUUUGAUAUCCACCCUGAAAAAAGACAAGCUUCUGAAAUGUAAGCAAUUCCAUGAAGCAGACUUGCCCUCUGAGACCAACAACUCAUGUGAGAUCCACUCAGACCCCAAGUCUCCAGUCCACCAGGAUGACUGUUCUCCUACAAGUAAGCUUCAGCACUUGCUGGAGGAAUCACGCCAGAUGGUGGCAAAUCUGGAACUGAGUACCAUGCUCCCCAUAAGGCUCGGUAGUCCCAGCAGCAGCCCCAACACAACAUCAGAACUUGCAGAAUCGAAAGAAAUUUGCAAAACACAGCUGCCAGCAACUGAUGGAAAUGAAAUUCGGCUUGCCCGAUUUUCUAUAUGAUUUUGACAGGUUUUUCACCUAUUAUUUGGAAGGAAGAAAAUGGAUCUACCUACCUGAUAUUAUCAUCCUUCAUUAGCGAAAAAGAUCUCAGGGUUUGAAAUUCCAGUAUUUAACAUUUGCUUUCAUGUUGCCCAAGUUCCAUUGAACUUUAUAUAUAUAAAUGAACUAGAAUUGGAAUUAUGCUCUAAUAAAAUGAGUUCCUGUACAGAUGUGUAUUUAGGUUAAAUGUUAGGGAAGCCAGUUUUUAAAAUAUGUGCAUAUCAAAAUGGGAACUUCUGUAAUUGAUUUUGAAAUAUAUUUUUGGCUGAACAUAACUGAUUAGAAUUGCCAGUCUUGUUUCCAGGGCCUACUUUAGUUGUACAAGAAAACCCUUAUUCUCAUAUACCGCUAUUGUUUUAACUCAGAACUUUGUCACAAAAAUAGAAAUGAACUAUUGCAUUGUUAUUAACUGGAAAAUACCUCAAAGGGGAUUGAAAAUCCAGGUUAAAAAAAUGGCAGAACAAUGCACACUCAUAGUUAUAAACUGCAUAGGUAAAAAAAGUGUGUUGAUAGUAGUUUUAAAUGAUCUAUUUUUUACCACUAAGAAAUAUAAAGAGUAUGAGGCUUAACUUGUAAAGUAAUUUGGCAUUUAAAAAAAUAUGUGAUGAGCAUUUCUGGCUACUUUUAAGAGAAUAUAUCCACUGCCUUCAGUGAAAAUAUUUUCAACAAUAAAGUGAGUUUGUUUUUCUUUUAUUUCA